GACGGUCGUACUUAGAACUUUCAAUCUAUUCGGUUCCCGCGAUGCAGGUCUCUCUCCGAACGUAUAAAAGCAGCCAUCUUCCCCCGUCUGCUCUGAUGUUUUAGAUAUGCAUCUAUCAGCCUUGUGCUUCAUCGCUCUUUGAUCAAAUCAGUCAUUCUUUUCCAAAUUGAAACACUCCCUUCAUGAAGUCAGCCACACUUCUCCUCGCCGCAGCCGGCGUGGUUGCGGCCAAGAAGAACUGCAGCGUCGAGUCCAUUUCCCAGUUCCUCCCGAAGAACUCCACUGUUUUCUACGCCAAUCACUAUGCCAAGGGUGCCAACUUCACCCCUCCCAUUGACCUCAACUAUGGCUUGACCUCCAUCCCCUCGGGUGCUGAUACCGUGUACGAGGUUCCUCUUGCCGGCUGUGUUGCUCAGGCCAACAUCUCCUUGCCCAACAACACCCAGCACAGCGUUGGCUUCGUCCUGCCCGAUGACUGGAACGGCCGGUUCAUGGCUGUCGGAAAUGGUGAAUUUUCCGGAUCCGUGGGCUGGUCUGCCAUCAUGAACACCAUGUGGUAUGGAUUUGCCAGUGUGUCGACCGAUACGGGCCACGAGGGCAACAACGGCAGUUUCGGAUACCACAACGAAGUUGCUCUCGCCAACUGGGGUUACCGUGCUCUCCACGAUGCCGUGGUGAAUGGAAAGAAGGUCACCGAGGGCUACUACGAGGACGAUAUCUCGUACAGCUACUACCGAGGAUGCUCCGCUGGCGGCAAGCAGGGCUUCAAAGAGGUCGAAAUGUUCCCUGAGGACUUUGAUGGUGUGAUUGCCGGAGCGCCAGCUUGGUGGACUUCUCACCAACAGCUGUGGAACGUGCUCACUGCUAUUUGGAACCUUCCCGAGACCGCCGACUACCAUGUCAGCGAUGCUCAGAUGACAGCCGUUCAGGAUGAGAUUUUGAAGCAGUGUGAUCCCCAGGACGGCUUGAAGGACAACAUUCUCCAGAACCCCCUCGGAUGUGUCUUCGACCCUGUCCCUGUGAUGUGCAACUCUACCUCCUCCAACGACACCUGUGUGACCCCCGCUCAGCUGGUGACCGUCAACAAGCUGUUCAGCCCCUGGAUCGAGGCCAACGAUACCUUCGUCUUUCCCGGCUACACUCUUGGCACCGAGGUGGGCGCCCCUAGCCUCAGCGAUGACUUCGUCACCUACAUCCAGUACAUGCUCCAAAUUGGAGGAGACUGGACCUGGGAAGACUGGAACCCGGAUCUCGUGGCCCUGUCUGACAAGAUCAACCCUGGCAAUGCCACCGCCAACGACUUCGACAUCUCCCCCUUCUACAAGAAGGGCGGCAAGCUUCUGCAUUACCACGGCUACUCUGACCCUUCCAUCGCGACCGGCUCCUCCAUUUACCUCUACAACCACAUUCAGGAAGCCCUCCGCCCCCAGGACAUUCCCAUUGACGACUUCUACCGCUUCUUCCUGAUUCCCGGCAUGGAGCACUGCACCAGCACUCCCUCCGACCAGGACGCUCCUUUCUACAUGAACGGAGACAGCCAGGCUGGCUCUUUGUCCGGAACCGUUUACGGUGUGCCCGGUUUCAACGACAGCAAGCACGAUCUUAUCCUGGCCAUGGUGGACUGGGUUGAGAACGACAAUGCUCCUAGCUACCUGAUCCCGACCAAGUACAAGAAUGACGAUGUUGCCGACGGUGUCGACAAGCAGAGACCCAUCUGCCCCCACCCCCAGCUUGCCAAGUACAACGGCACUGGUGAUGUGAACAGUGCCGAGAACUGGCACUGCAGCACCUUGUACUAGGUGCCUGACAGGAUGUCAGGAGCGGAUUGAAGCAUCGAUUUUUUAGUCCGUCCUGACGAAGCCUACCGCAGUACUUGAUACUGAGGCGGGAUUCCAAUGCAUUUGUAUCAUAGUGUAUCUUAUCUUCGAUUUACCAUAAUAUAAACUAGCACCUUAAGGUCCCUACACAUCCACCAUUCUUUCUAAACUCCUCGCGGGACUCUUAUAUAGCCAAGCCUUUAUUCUUGAUGGACAUAGCAUUACUAUGAUCAAA